AUGCAGCACGACUGCUGGAUUGCUGUACUCGCGCUGGCAUCCGUCGCUUCGACUGGAGACAAGAAGCCGAAGCCCCAAUCGGGUCCGAUCCAACGCGUCCGUCUGACUGCAAUUCUCCGCGUUGACCUCCACGACUUGUUUCCUGCAAAGCUAAGAAGUUUGAGUUUAGUUACUUCCAACUACGGAUGUGUCACGAUCUCAUCAUCCAUCAAACAGUUCCCGCCGAUUUGGAUCUACGGCAUUGCUCGCGCCGACGACCUUGACAGUAUGGCUCGAACCAAAGGCAUCACGCUCAAGGUCCGCAAAGCGGCUGAAGAAGCAUCCACCCAACCAACAACGACCACGGCUGCAUCAACGUCUGAAGCGCAGCCUCAGGCAGAUGAGCCACUUGAUGUAGCACACGAUCAGCAGGACGAGGAGAUGGUGACGGCCGAGAGCUCGCGUGGUGCUGCAUCCUCGCGAUCGAGGAGCGCACGACUGUCGCGGACGAGAUCCCACGAAGAAGCUUUCGGAGCAGAGGCUUCCUCCAGUCGAGCCACUCCAUCACGUCGCUCGCGUCGGCAACCGACCAAGCAAGAGGAGCAAGAGAUCGAUCAGGAUGUCGAAAUGAACUCAUUGCAGCAGCCAUCAGACCAGGAAGCAGGACAGAACGAUGCUGAGGGAGACGUCGCCUCGACACCGCGCAGCCGUGCCACCCGCACUCGCAUCAAAUCGUCCACUACCCCUGUUCCGCAGGCGCAGGCCGCCGCCGCGUCCAGAUCCGCACGUAGCCCUAGAAAGGCUCCAAGAGUGUCCGUGGUCGGCCGAAGAGGCUCAGGCCGCUCGAAAGGAACGCCAGCAGACGAAGAAGAGGCGUCCGAGCAACCUGGCGACGCUGCCGAGCAGCAGGAAGAAGAUGGAGCGGAUGAUGAUGCCAACAUGCAAGACGCUGAAGAUGGAGAUGGACAUGAAGGCGAAGAUGAUGCAGACGAAGAUGCUGACGGCGACGGCGACGCCGACAAUGACGACGAAGAGGGAGUCGAUGAGGAAGGACGCAAGACCAUCACUGUCAAGGGAACCAAAUGGCGUCUCGAGGACGACAAAGAGGAGGUGAUCCUUCCAUCCGAUCCCGAAGGAGAUAAGAAAGUGGACGAGAAAGGUCGACUGCAGGGCGGUAGAACAUACAAGGCGUACAACUUCACCUCGGACGAGCGGUCGGACCCGGAAAAGGUUUACAUGCUGGCCAUCGACGCCGCGCGCUCGGCGGGCUAUCGAGAUUCGCUCUACUUCUUCCGUCGCAACCCUCAAAUCUUCAAGAUUGAGCUCACUCAGGGCGAGAAGGAAAAGCUGAUCGAGGAUGGUCGUCUGAGCGGACAGCUCAGAACGCGUAACGUAACCAUGGUCCCGGCUCGAAACGUGUACAAGCUGCAUGGCGCUCGCUUCCUGAGCGGAGGCAAGGCCAUCGUCGACGACUACUACGAAGCCGAGGCGCGCGCGUCAGGAGUCAAAGAAGGCAAAACGGUGGGUGGCAUGUCGAUGGAGGAACAGGAGAAGCGUCGAGAGGCCGAGCGCGAGCGAGAGCGUCCUAAGAAGAAGGCCGAUGUCUUCAGCUACACGACGAUUGAUCCACAAGGUGAUCCGGUCGUGACUCAAUUCGGCGAUGCUGGUCAAGCGCCGUGGGUCAGGGCCGGGAAUUGGCAGUCGCGCAAAGCAGCGUUGCAGCGCAUGGACAUCACCGAGGAGAACUGGAUGCUCGAGAUGGCUCGCAGCGUGCGCGGCAUGAAUACCGAGCUCAAUGAGACGCGCAAGGAUCGACUCUCGGCCUUUCCCCGCUUCAACCGCUACCUUGACGUCGACGACGCGGUCGCACCCUCCGACGAGGUCAAGGAAGAGGUCGCUGAUGGCGAAGCCGAGCCGGAGGACGAUCCGGAGGCUCUCAACGACCUGCCGCCCUGGGAGCGCGAGAAGCUGCCCGUCGUCACGGCAGAGGAGCAGGAGGAGGAGACCGAGAAGCGUAAGGCGGCCUUGCAGGAGAGCCUCGAUGCUGAGCGCCGUCGAGGCCCACCCAUCGGUGUGUACGAGCCCAACACGCACCUUCCGCAUUUCAGUGUGUUGACGCAGCCCACUCAAGCUGCCUUUGUCAAAGUCGCCCAACGACCGGCCCAUAUCGAUGAUCAAGCGGGCGCAAGAGGAGACCGACGCCCGAUCCUCGGAGGCGACAAGCUCGGGUCGGGAGCAUGGGGUAUCGCGAGCCUUUCAGUCGAGUGCCUGCCACCAGCUCGAUUGCCAGGUCACGUCGCCGUUCCUGCAGGCGGAGAAGGCACAGCACCGGCAACGAUGCCGUCCGCAUGA